GAUGUUGUAUGAAACAAUGGCACGCUGAUGUUUCCUGCUUCACUCGUGUAUCGCCCCUGUCUCUGACGGUCCUCUCAGCAUCACAAGAGCAGUGUAACGCGACACUUGUUUCAAGUGAAUUAUUAAUGGCAGACAGACGACUGGGGAAAUAACCGUAAAUAUGGGGGAUGAUGGUAUAGACUAUAACAUAGUUUUUCCAGAGGCACUGAUCUCAGAGAAGCACUGGCGUGGAUCGAAGGAGCCAGUAGUUAUUCUGCUGGGCUGGGCGGGCAGCAGAGACAAACAUCUCGCCAAAUACAGCUCUAUUUAUAAUCAACAGGGAUGUGUGACUCUACGCUACACAGCUCCUUUGAAGACCGUUUUUAUUUCAGAAUCACUUGGCUACAAGGAACUAAGAAGCACUGCGCAAAAACUACUUGAACUUAUGUUUGACUACGAGGUGGAGAACAACCCAGUUUUCUUCCAUGUUUUCAGCAAUGGGGGCUUCAUGCUUUACCGCUACAUGGUUGAGUUAUUGCACAGUCACAAGCAGUUCAAUACUCUAUGUGUGGUGGGCACAGUUGUGGACAGUGCCCCUGGCAGUCAAAACGUUAUAGGGGCCCUAAGAGCGCUCAAAACUACCUUAGGGCCCAAAGUCAAUCUGCUUCUGCAGUACUUCCUCCUGGCACUGUUUGCUGUGGCCAUUUUCCUUCUCAGAAUUGUUUUGUAUCCUGUGACCAAGUACUUUCACAAGAAUCACUAUGAUGCCAUGAUGGAGCACCCGGCCCCUUGGCCUCAGAUGUACCUCUAUUCCAGAGCAGACAGGGUGAUCAGGUACAGGGAUGUGGAGAAGAUGGUAAAAGUGUUGCUGGAGAAAGGGCUGACAGUUGAAAGUUUCGAUUUCAUCACCCCAGCCCAUGUGAGUCUAUACAGAGACUGUCCGGAGGACUAUUCCAGCAGGUGCAGGAAGUUUCUGACCCGCUGCAUGAGUUCUUCAGAGGAGACCAUGACAAAAAAGCGUCUCCAAGUUCAACACUGAUUACACAAUUCUUGAUCAGCUUGUAAAUAUACACACACACUGUAAAUUUCUGUGUGCACCAACCAUCCUAUUUGAGAAAUAAAAGGACUGCUAUUUAAUAAAUAAAAAAACUAAGCUCAACAUGAAAUUUUAACAGGGUUACAUUUGUAUCCUAAUCUCUAAUGUAUUUGUUUUAUGCUGUGAAUUAAAUUGUAAUUUAGGGGGUUACUGGUUUAUUACAAUGAUUGAGAUUUUUAGACAUUGUGAACGAGUAUGUUUGUGUAUUUAGACAUUGUAAAUGGAUAAUUUAAUGUAUUUGAGUAAUGCACCUUUCUUAAAUAAAAGCUUCUGUUGAAUAA